GGUUAGACUCCAUUCAACAAACGUUCCCGCGUAUUUCAUAAUCAGAGCGAAUUCACUUUGCGUUAUAAAACUUAAAGCUAGAAUAUCUCGUAUUGUUAUUGAUUCGUUUGGAUAAUAUCUCGCAAUUAUGAUCAUCGCAACUACCGUCAAGACUAUAAUGUUCACUUUGUGCUUUGCGUAUGCAUUUGCUUUGGUUUAUUUGAUGGGCGUAAUCGCGGCAAGGCCAACCUCAACGUCUACGGAAGUCGAACAUACGAAUCUGGAGACGCCGGCACAUAACCGCGUCUAUCCCGCUCUGGAGGUGCGCUUUGUCGAUUCUUUGUCGUCCAGUUCCUAUCGGAAGUAUCCCACCACACAAUCAAAACGAAACUGCAAGUACAAUCUGGGACUUUCUCAGGACUGUGAUUACAGGGAUGCAGCCCAGGCAGCGCUGCGGAGAAGAUAUGUGCAGAGCAAUCUUAGUCCUGGGAAAAAGUGAGAAAGACGUGCGAAAUACGAGAUCGACAGGUCCAGACUUCUCUCAUUCAACAGUGUGAUAGGGAUCAAUUGGAGUAACAGAUGGAAACAAAAAAACUGCGGUUCUGACUAUCAAAUCAAAGAUCCUGGAGAUCUUUCCGUUUAUUUGGUUAAGUUAAAAAAUGCGUGGUCGCUGGCAGACUUGAAUGGCAAAACGCUGGUUUAUGUAAAAAAUAUUAAAAAUUUUAAUUGUCAAA